UCAAAUCUGAGGGAUGACGUGUCCAAUCUGAGAGACGACGUGUCCACUUUACGAGAUGAUGAAUCCGAUGAUAUUGAUAGUAUAAGAGAUGAGGUGUCAAAUCUGAGGGAUGAUGUGUCCAAUCUAAGAGAUGAUUUUUGUCCAAUCUAAGAGUGGAUGAAUCCGAUGUUCGUGAUAAUCUUGUGGAACUGAAAGAAUCGAUGGUAGAAAUAAAGAAACAGUUGAGUGGACAAUUAAAAGACAACACUGAGAAAGCUGACACUGAGACUGAUGUACAACUGUUUCACUCUGAAGUUUGUAACAAGUCCUCCACGAUGUUUCAAGAAAUUAAAGAUCAGCUGAAAGGCUUCCAACAUAAUGAAUUAACAAAUGAAAAUCAUAUCAAUGUUUCCGCCAAUUCUGAAGUUUGUAACAAGUCCUCCACGAUGUUUCAAGAAAUUAAAGAUCAGCUGAAAGGCUUCAAACAUAAUGAAUUAACAAGUGGAAAUCAUAUCAAUGUUUCCGCCAAUUCUGAAGGAAAGUGCAACAAUUUGACGUUGGUAACAGAAACAUUGAAGGAAGAUCUUGAAAUGAUGAUUAAGCAACAAAUGAAGAAACUAGUAGAGACGUGUCAGACAGGAUCAAGUGAUCAAGAAAACAUGGAACUUCGUUUGGUAGGUGGUGUUACA